CCGACGCCACUCUAUCAAGCUAAGCGCCAAGCCGACACAGAUACGUGGUUAACGUUGAUAAGGCGGCUUUUAAUUUGUCAGGGUGACCCCGGAAAAAAAUCAAAAGUUCGAGUUCAGCUCCCGCUCUCCUAGGCAAUGGACAGAGGGAAGUGGGAGAAGACGCUCAGCUGUUUUCAGGCGUCUGCACGCGGAUACAUGGUGAGAAAGGAAGUCCGGCGUGCACGAGAAGACUUUGAAGACGUCGUGAGAGAGAUCGAUGGAGGCUUGACUCAUUUAGAGUGGAGGGAGACAGUCAUUCCCAUUCCCCACUUCACAGACACUGACGGUCCGUUUCCACGACCCAGCAGCACUGCUAAAGGACUAGAUAUCUGUGCCAAUCCCCAGAGCCCAUCAGCAGCAGGAGUGUCAUCGGGGGAGAGGCGAGAUCAUCCUGCCCUGUCAGAGAAGAUAGAAGCAGAGAGAGAUGAUCCACAAGUCAGAGACCAGACCUCUCAUUCUAAGGACUGUUUCCCCAGCAGCAAUGAUAAAGGGGACAGAGAGAAAGAAAAUACAAUGGUGUAUAAAGAUGGAGAGGUGAUGGAAAGCACAGGAGACUCCACUCCCGUCUGGAGCAGUUUGGAGCUGGACAUGAACUAUGGUCACUCUAACAAAGGUUCCCGACAGUACUGCUUGGCCCAGGAGGUGCCCUGUACCCCAGAGGCGCUCCGUCUCCACAGGAACACCCUGACCAUGGAGCUGCUCUGGCUCCAACAGGCCAUUGACAGCAGGAAAAAGUACUUGUCACUGAAGAACAGACUGAGUGUUUCCUGACAGAAGCAGUAAUCUGAACUGGACUUGUUGAUGUGAGACUGAAGGCUUGACUGCUUUCAGUCACCUGAACUCAUUAAUGUUCCAUCUACUCAAGCCAUUAUUUUAUACUCAUACAUAACAAUUAAUUGUAUUUAUCAUGUGAUUGGCUGUACAUUGUGUAUGUCAUUUUCUCUAUGUUAAAUAAUGAAUAAAAUAUAUUUUUUGUAAAAUUCUG